AUGGUAAAAUGUUCAGAAGGAAGUUUACAAGUGCUUUCAUUCCAUUCAAAAAUCAUGGCCCAAAAUGGUACAAAUGAUGAUCCCAAGAAAGAAGAAGAAUACGACUUCUUCGCUCCACACCCACAUCCAAAACCACGUGUCAAAACUUCAUUUUUUGAAGUAGUGCCUGAUGCCUACUCAGACAAAUCACUUUCAUUUACUGGAGACAUGCGAAGAGUGAAGAAGGUUCCUGAGACAGAAAAAGAAAAGACUCCUGAAAAAGAAGAAGUAAUGGAAGAACAGGAACCAGUGGUAGAAGAGGAAGUGAUGCAAUCUAGUGAAUACCGUGUUGUUGAUGCUCAACCCUGGGACACUAAAGAUGGGGUAAUCUUACAUCAUCUAAGCAUGCCACCAUUUUAUGUUUGGUUAUAA